AUGGAGCAAGUAUUGAAGCAUGUUGCUCAGACUGUGGAGAAGCAGCUUGAUAGCGAACUUGAGAGGUUGGACACACUGGACAGCAACGACCUUGAGGCCAUCCGGCAGCAGCGCAUCGCUGAGAUGAAAAAGCGCGCACAACAGAAGCAAGAGUGGAUCGCAAAUGGCCACGGCGAAUACACUGAGAUAGACGGGGAAAAGGAAUUCUUUGUUGUGUGCAACAAGAGCGAUAACGUGGUGUGCCACUUCUACCGCGCGGACACACCUCGCUGCCGGAUCGUGGAUAUGCACCUGAAGAUGCUGGCCAAGAAGCACGUGGAGACCAGGUUCGUCAAGCUGGAUGUUGAACGUGCACCAUUUCUGACUAAUCGCCUAAAGAUUCGAGUCAUCCCAACUAUUGGUUUGGUGAAGCAGAACAAGACCAAGGACUUCAUAGUGGGCUUCACGGACCUCGGCAACUGUGAUGACUUCUCCACCGAGGUGCUGGAGUGGAGAAUAGCCAGGGCCGAUGUAAUAGAGUACUCGGGUGACUUGCUGGUGCCGCCCGCUGAGGCUCGCAAGCAGCGCGCUCUCACUGUGCAGGGCAAGAAGACAAUACGCGGCCGACAGGACAGCGACUCCGACCUCGAGCUCAGUGAUUGA